UUUUAGCCAGCUUCUCCACGAGUUCAAAAGUACAAAGCUCUGUAGGAGGCUUGCUCUUUUUAAAUAUUUUUUCAAGAGGUUAAAGAUUAAAUUUCAAAAGAAUAUCUGGGGUGCGGAAGAGUUCACAAUAGAGACACAGACCCUGAUGUUCUCCAACAUGAAGCUUGCUCAUGUUAUUCUGUUACUUUUGUGCUUCUAUUUAAGUUUUUGCAAGGUUAAUUGUGCAAGAAAAAGAAAGAAGGUGGUAACGAAACUAGAGCCCACCUCAGGCUCAGACACAUCUCAAGAGGAUCUUGUGGAGAAAAAGUGCUUAACUGAAAAAUACACACAUCUCUCCUGCAAUAAAGUCUUCUGCCAGCCAUGGCAAAAAUGCAUCGAUGGGACCUGUAUCUGUAAACUUCCUUAUCAGUGCCCAAAGAAUGGGACCAGCGUGUGUUCAACUAAUGGGAAAAGCUACCCAACUUACUGUCAGCAAAAGAGUUUUGAAUGUCUUCGUCCAGAGGCAAAGUUUUUAAAAAGUGGAGCAUGCACAGGCGAAGAACAAUUUAGUGUGUCCUUGGGUCAUGGCAAUGGAGAUUCAGAAGGAAUCGUUGAAGUAAAACUUGUAGACCAAGAUAAGAAAAUGUAUAUAUGUGCAAAAAGCUGGAGCCUUACACAGGCCAAUGUGGCCUGCCUUGACCUUGGAUUUAAACUGGGUGCUCUUUAUACUCAAAGAAGAGAUCCUCGUAUAAAUUCCCCUGAAUGUCUACAUGUGCAUUGUCGAGGAUCAGAGACCAGUUUGGCAGAAUGUACUUUUACUAAGGGAACAACUAGCAGGUCCGAGGGGUUAGCUGGUGUGGUGUGUUACACAGAGAAUGCAGUUUCUCCAACAAACGACUACUUUCAGUGUGUGAAUGGGAAACACGUUUCUCAGAAGAAGACCUGUGAUGGUAUCAAUGAUUGUGGAGACCAGAGUGAUGAGCUGUGCUGUAAAGGGUGCCGAGGUGAAAGUUUUUUUUGUAAGUCAGGUGUUUGUAUUCCAAGGAAGUAUAAGUGCAAUGGUGAGGUAGACUGCAUUACGGGAGAAGAUGAAGUUGGUUGUGAAGGAAGUGAACAUCCUGAAAUUAAAGAAGAAACAGAAAUGUUGACUGCUGACAUGAAUGCAGAAAGAAAACGGAUAAAGUCAUUUUUCCCUAAACUAUCCUGUGGAGUUAAAAACAGCACGCACAUUCGAAGGAAACGAGUCGUAGGAGGACAGCCAGCAGAAGUGGGGGACUUCCCAUGGCAGGUGGCAAUUAAGGAAGGUGAGAAAAUCAACUGUGGAGGAAUUUAUAUUGGUGGCUGUUGGAUUUUGACUGCUGCACAUUGUGUCAGAGCCAGCAAAGCUCCUCGUUACCAAAUAUGGACCUCAUUUACAGACUGGUUAAAUCCUGACCCUCAGAUAGUCGUUCAGUUUGUAAAGCAAGUUAUUAUUCAUGAAAAGUACAAUGGAACCACCUACCAAAAUGACAUAGCUUUGAUUGAAAUGAAAAAGCAGCCAGGCCGAAGCGAAUGUGUGUUGCCUAAAUCCGUUCCUGCCUGUGUCCCCUGGUCUCCGCAUCUGUUUCAACCGAAUGAUAAAUGCAUCGUUUCUGGCUGGGGUCGAGAAAAAGAUAACAAAAAAGUCUAUUCACUCAAGUGGGGUGAAGUUCACCUAAUAAGCAACUGUUCUAAGUUUUACCUAAAUCGCUUCUUUGAAAAAGAAAUGGUGUGUGCAGGUACAGAUGACGGUUCCAUUGAUGCCUGUAAAGGGGACUCUGGAGGCCCCUUAGUCUGUACAGAUGCCAACAACAUGACUUAUGUUUGGGGUGUUGUGAGUUGGGGUGAAAACUGUGGAAAACCAGAGUUCCCAGGUGUUUAUACCAAAGUGGCCAAUUAUUUUGACUGGAUCAGCCUUCAUGUAGGAAGGCCCCUUAUUUCUCAGCACAACGUGUAACAGGGUGAUCUCACUCUUCUUUCUAUUCUUUCUCUCUCGGGAGUUUCAUGUUAAUUGCUAUCAUCCUGUGUAAUUAGUACUUCUUCAAGAAAAAAAUAUAAAGGCAGUUGUAUUGAAUAUUUUGUAAAGGUCUCUACAAAGUUUAUGCCAUGUUGGAAUUUUGCUAUAUAAUUCUCAAAUAAAUAUGUUAGCAUACAUAA